AUGGCAACGGACACAGCUGAUAUUGUAGCAGGUCAGUGCUCCCCCGCGCCCCGCGGCCCGCCUACGCCCGCGAAGCCCGCUACGGCCUCUACGCGACUGACCGGGAGCUACGAAACCGCGCGAGCUACGAGUGCUACGAAGUACAAUAACACACAGCUGCAUGUUUUUUGCGAUGCAUCUACUAAAGCGACGUGCGCUGUAGCUUAUUGGCGGUGGACGUGCAAUGGUAAUGUGUUUGUUGCAUUUAUAGCAAGUAAAUGUCGAGUUGCGCCGGUAAAACCACUGACUGUGCCGCGACUAGAGUUGCAAGCAGCGCUUCUAGCGGCGAGACUCGCCGACACCAUUGUUAAGGAGCAUAAGUUGAGCGUGUUACAGCGAUUCUUUUGGAGUGACUCGACCACGGUUUUGCACUGGAUUAAUAAUGACGCGAGAAAUUAUAAAACAUUUGUAGCAAACCGGUUGGGCAAGAUUGAUGAGGUCACUAGUAGUAAAGAAUGGCGAUAA